CAUACUCCUGCUCUUUGCAUUCGUCUUCCUCUCCCAACAUGGCGGCGCCCGGCACACAGCCCGUUGUCAUGUGAACGGCCCGGACUCGUCCCGUUGCUGGUGACAGACGCCAGUCCCCGGCCGCCUCCUUUGGUUCACGGCAAAGCGUGCGCAGGUUUGAUGCGGGUGGUCGGGGUCUUACGGGGAUGCUCGCCCUUUUGGCAGCUCGUCGGAGCGGCUGCGAUGAGCCGCUGAGGGUGCGGCGAGCGGAGUCCACCCGGAGAGUGCUAAAUCUGGAAUUAAACAACGACAGGGAUGUACAGCGAAUCCAUGGAGGUGGAGUUAAUAGCCUUGAUAUUGAUCCUGUUGAGCAAAAGUACAUGUUGUCUGGUGGAGCAGAUGGUGUUAUUGCAAUAUAUGAUUUGGAGAAUGCCACAAAAAAGCUACAGUAUACUUGCAAGGCAAUCUGCACAGUGGGCAGGUCCCAUGGUCAUGUGCACAAGUUCAGCGUGGAGACUGUUCAGUGGUAUCCUUGUGAUACUGGCAUGUUUACAUCAAGCUCAUUCGAUAAAACUUUGAAAAUAUGGGAUACAAAUAUACUGCUGCCUGCUGAAAUGUUUACCUUUGAAGGAACAGUCUAUUGUCAUCAUAUGUCACCAAUCGCAACCAAACACUGUCUGAUAGCCGGUUAGUAUAAUGAUAUUGGUACCAAGAAUCCUAAAGUACAGUUAUGUGAUCUUAAAUCUGGAUCCUGCACCCACAUUCUGCAGGGCCAUAGAGGUGAGGUGUUAUCUGUGAAAUGGUCACCACGUCAUGAACAUAUACUAGUAACAGCAAGUGCCGAUAGCAAAGUUAGGAUCUGGGAUGUACGGAAUGCUUCUGGGAGUUUAAUUGUGCUUGAUCAGCACAAUGGUGAGAUUGCCAAAUCUUCUUCAGAAUCAGCAAACACUGGCUCAUAAUGGACGUGUUAAUGCCUAUGCUUUACUAGUGAUGGGCUUCAUCUUUUAACUAUUGGUACAGAUGAUCGCAUGAGACUCUGGAAUAGUUCCACGGGGGAAAAUACACUGGUGAACUAUGGAAGAGUGUGCAAUGGCAGCCGAAAGAAUCUCAAGUUUACGGUGUCCAGUGGCUGCAGCCCAGAUUUUGCCUUUGUCCCUGUCGAUAGUUGUAUUGCAGUUUAUGAUAUCUACGCAGGACAACUGCUAACUGAACUCAGGGGGCAUUAUAAUUAUGUAAACUGCUGCACAUUCCAGUCUUACUUCCAGGAGCUCUAUAGUGGUGGCAGUGAUGUUAAUAUUUUAGCAUGGAUUCCAGAUCUUGGUCGAAUAGGUGUGGAAAAUGAUGAACCUAAAGGGUGUGAAGCCAGAACCUCUCAAAAUGCCAUCUUCCAAGAUGAAUGGAGCAGCAGUGAUGAAGAAAAUUGAAUUUCAUCUUAUUCUUUGGGACAAAAAAGAACUGUUUCAAAUACGUGGGUACAGCUGUUCAGAAUUGUCCAAAUGCUGAGUACAACAAUAAGAUGAAAAUAUACAGCUUAAAUGAAGGAACUAAGAUUUCCAAUGGCUUCUUUGAUAUAUACAUCAUCUAAUUAUAGUACUAAGGCAUACAGACCCUGAUUAUUCAUAUGACUGAUCUGAAGAAACUGACCUCAAUUCAGGGGAACAAAUUGAGUCCUUCAAUUGGCCUCCAUCCAUAGCCUCAGGUCAAAGAAAAAAACAUCUUGGUUCCACUGCUAACCACUGUCCAGUUAUCCCUUUGUUCAGAUGAUUUUCAACUCACUAUCAACAGUUUGCUGAUAAGCUCUAGGUUUGUAUACAAAUCUACAUACUUGAAAGAGGUAUGGAAAGCUGAUAAAAUACCACAGAAGCAGGAACUCGUUCCAAUAGGUCAUAGGUGGUACUAGAAAUAUAAUUUUGUUCUGAAUUAGCAAUUAUGCUGUUAAGAUUUAAAAACUCAAAUCUUUUAGAGUACUUCAUCUGCCAAACUGAUUUAUGUUUUUUUACUUUUUUGAAGAUGGAUUACCUUUAAUGAUUUAAAUGAGUUUUCAACACAGAACAAUUCCCAGGUUGAAUGUUCUCAGUGUGAAUUUAAAACAAGACUGACCACACUUGAGUAGUUCCUGUCCCAGAAACACAUGCACAGUGAUGCAUAUACCUGAUGUACAACUUAAACAACUGCAAUUUAUCUUGUUACAACUAAUUUGCAUUCAGAUUAUGGUUAAGAACUCAUGGAAUUAAUGGAUGAAUAUCAGAGUACUAGUACUGUACUUUGUUAUCGUACAUGUAUGUGUACCGAAUUUGGGUGUUUACCUUGUUACCUGCCAGUUUAAACUUUAUAGUCUGUUGUAUUUUUCAAAAAAGUUUCGAAGUGUGUCUAAUGAAGGCUGGGAAAUGCAGACUUAACUGAUAUUGAGGAAUCUUAACAGUUGAAUUUACUAUAAAUUAUUGUAUAACAUUAUUUUAUAUGCAUGGUAAAAGAAGCAUAUGUUUAAACGAAGAACAUUUUUGAACUCAAAAGAUUUGACAAUUGAUGAAUAAAUACUGGAUAUGUGCACAUUAAGUGUACAUAUUCUGUUACAUACUAUUUAAAUAACUGGAUAUGGUAUUUGAAAGACAU